CCAGAACUCACUUAGUGAAACUACUUACCAAACUGCUCCUCUCAGCUCAGCUCUGAUCUCCGUCCUUUUCAAAACAUCUCCCUUUUCUUCAGCAGACUGUCAAAGCUUUGAAAAACCGGGAGGCUGAAUGAUGGAGCUGAAGAGACCAAUUUUAGCAGCUAUCAUAAUCCUUCUAAGCAGUGUCAUUGCUAUCAUGGUUAUUGCCGUCAUGCACUUCAAGAAUGAUACGAUCCCUGUUGGGCUGAAGUAUGGAAUUGUCUUCGACGCUGGAGCCUCGAGUACAACUGUUUAUGUUUAUUACUGGCCGGCGGAAAAGGAGAACAACACUGGUGUCGUCAGUGAAAAGUACAAAUGUAAAAUUGAAGGAUCAGCCAUUUCCGAUUUUGACUACAACCCAGCGAAGGCAGCUUCCUCAUUAGAGCAGUGCCUCAAUAAAACAAUAGAAGAGAUCCCAGCAGAGAAGCACAAUGCUACGCCACUCUAUUUUGGAGCUAGUGCAGGAAUGCGACUACUCCGAACACAGAACUCAUCUGCCUCAACCAUGAUCCUCUCUGCCAUUGAGAACUACCUCCGCUCCUCACCAUUUGAUUUUAAAGGUGCUCAAAUUAUCUCAGGGAAAGAGGAAGGGGCCUAUGGAUGGAUUUCGGCGAAUUAUUUACUGGGUAACUUCCGCCAGAGACGUAUUUGGAAACAACUAAAUCGACCUUUCACUGUAAAGACCAAAGGUACCCUGGAUCUGGGUGGAGCUUCGGCAGAAAUAGCAUUUGUCCCCAGGAUGCAUUCACGCAAGUACGAGAUUACAGAAAUCACACUGUAUAAUAACAAAUAUGAAGUCUACAUUGAAAGCCUGGGCUGUUAUGGACGAGAUGAAGCUGAGAACAUUUAUUGGGCAAAUCUCAUUCAGAAAUCUGCCAAUAAAUCAUCCAUUGAAGACCCUUGCCUUCCCUCACACUACACCAUGAUUCUGCCAAUGGAGGAAGUCCUUGCAAGUUCAUGCAUUGGAGCAAAGUUACAAGAGGACUAUGAUGCUAACAAUAAUAUCACUCUCGUUGGGACUGGAAAUCCUAUUCAGUGCCGCCACCAAUUGGUAUCAAUAUUUAACUUUAGAUCUUCCUACGUUAAAGGCAUCUGGAGAGAGCGUCUUGUUCCAAUCAAUCGACUGUUACAUGGCAAAUUUGUGGCCUUUUCUGGUUUCUCUGAUACAAUGGAAGCCUUGAACUUAACUGGAUCAUUUUCCAUAGAUGUUUUCCAUUCAACAGUCCGGUCUUUCUGUAGGAAAAACUGGAAUCAAGUCCAACAGUUGCUGCCAAAUGUGCCAGACCUGUAUCGCAAAGCAUUUUGUUUCAAUGCCUAUUACAUCUUUGUUCUACUCAUGAAAGGUUACAAGUUUAAUCCACAGACUUGGACCAAUAUUAAUUUCCAGAAACAGGUGGGAAACAACAGCAUAGGCUGGUCACUUGGUUAUAUGUUGAACCUUACCAACAUGAUCCCUGCAGAAAAUCAAGUGAGCCAAACACCAAUGAGUGAAAGUGCAUUUUGUGGACUCUUGCUUCUGUUUAUAGUUCUGGCCCUAUUCUGCUCGUUUUUCAUUUGUAUUUCUGUAAUACAAUCAAUUCCAUUCAUAUGACCAUUUGCCAAUGGGCAUCAGAGUGGGGAGAAAGAAUGACUUCUGGAUGAACUUGAAAUACCAGGAUAAGGAGAGGAAAUAUCAACACUUAUCAGUCUUGUUAUCCCCAUUACAAACAAAAUCCCUGUGGACUUUAUAUAAACGUCACAAGCAAUCUUAGUGAAUCCACCUUCCAAGAUGCUGAUGCUACAUGGAAAUGAUGCUUCAUUGAGGUACAGGAGCCUCAGGACCCACACUACUAGGUUCAGGAACAGUUCUUACCCCUCAGCCAUCAGACUAUUGAAUUGGAGGGAACUUUAGCGUUCCUGCAACCUAUGGACUCACUAUUAAAGGACUUCUCAUGUGCUUGA